UCCAUUUUAGUUAUGUCAUUCACAUGUAAGUGCGCACUCACUAAUAUUCACAUGUAACUAUAUAUUCUCCAGGGAUCUUUGUGUUUGAUUGCUUUCUUCUGUUUGUCAUUCACUUGUCUUGUGUAUUGUCUUCACUUUGAGUCCUUCCAUUCCUUCUACUCCAAAUGCUUACAAACCCCAUAUUAUUUCUGAGAGAAACAGCACUUAAAAAAAAAAAAAAAAAAAAAAACAGUAGAAGCAAACAAUAAAUAGAGUUGUUGUUUGAUUUUUCUCUUUUUCCGUCAUGAAAUUAAUGCCGAAGUUGCGUUUCAAGUCUGCCCUCUAUGAUAGUCCUUACUUCAAUAGCCUUGCAGUUAUCAUUUAUAAUUAGCCUUUUGAGAUCCAAUAAAGUUGUGUUCAUGGAGAUCACACACACACACAGAAGGCAGUCAAAGCUGUGACAAAUGCUAUAGAAAUUCAUUUUGGUUAAUGGAUUUUUUUUUUUUGGGUUUUUCCAGAUACAAUUGUUGAAUUCCGUUCCCAUCCCAAUACAAUCUUGCUGGAUUUUUCUUUGAUUGUGUAUCUGUAAUCAUUACUCAUCCUUCAAAAUGUUUGGAUUUUUGAAAUCACCUGCCAAUAAGGUUUCUAAGCAAAAUUCAGUUGACCCUGGAUUUCCAGGUUCUUCAACUUCUAACCCUUUUGAUUCUGAUACUGAAUCGAAUAACAAGCAAAACCUAGUUGGGAGAAGAACUUCUUCUGAACCUGUGCUCCUUCCUCCAAACUUCAAAUCCAACGCUUAUGAUGACGACGAUGAUGGUAGAAGGGCAUCUUCCAAAUCCUCUUCUUCAGCAGCAAGGAACAAAGGCAAGAAUAGUUAUAGUGACUCAGAAGACUUUGAUAGCAUGUCAGUGCAAGAAUUGGAGAGUUACGCUGUGACUAAGUCUGAGGACACUACAAAGUCUGUAAACAACUGCCUGAAGAUUGCUGAGGAUAUUAGACAGGAUGCUACAAGGACCCUUGACACUUUGCAUCAUCAGGGUGAGCAAAUCCAUAGGACCCACGUGAUGGCCGCUGAUAUGGACAAGGACUUGCACAAGGGAGAGAAACUGUUGAACAAUCUUGGAGGCAUGUUCGCUAUGCCUUGGAAGCCAAAGAAGACGCGGGAAAUUUCAGGGCCUGCAAACACAAAAGAUGAUUAUUUCAAAGGAAAACAAAACAAGGAGCAGAGGGAAAAGUUGGGUUUAGGUCCUCCACCCAAAGGACAGUUGCGUACACCUCCUCCCGAACCAACAAAUGCCUUACAGAAAAUUGAGGUGGAGAAGAUGAAGCAAGAUGAUUCACUUUCCGAUCUAAGCGACAUCUUAGGCAAUCUGAAGGGUAUGGCGGUUGACAUGGGAACUGAACUUGAGAAGCAGAAUAAAGCUCUUGAUCAUCUUCAUGAUGAUGUGGAAGAACUUAACUCGCGAGUCAAAGGUGCCAAUGCACGCACACGUCGUUUGGUUGGCAAGUGACUGAACCUUCACCAAAAAUACCAGUUUGUUGAUGAUUGUCUUACCAAUUGAUUUUCAGCUUCAAUCUUUUUUCCCCAAGUUGAGUUUUAUUUAUUUUUUAUUUUUUGGCAUGUAGUGCUUUUACCCUUCAAUUGUAUACAACCAAGAACAAAAGGUUGUUGUUCUUGCCAUUUUUUUGUGAAAUGUAUGUAAAAUCUUUUUUCCUCUACUCAA